CAUCAUGCACUGUGUUCUACUGAGGUGAAACGGAGAGAAUCCGACAUGAAUGAGGAGAGCCGCAAAAGAAAUGGGUACUCCAGAGAGACGGAGGACGGUGGUAAAGAGGGGGAGGAGGAGGAGGAAGAAGGUGAAGAAGAAGGAGACGAGGGAGGAGAGGACGAGGAGGACAAGGAGGAUGAUGCUGAAAGGGCAAAGAUAAAACGGACAGACACAAUCAACUCUACCACCAGCUCCACAGGGACGCAGAGGAAGAAAAGCCAGCAUGGAAAGAAGCAGGUGCAGGGUUCCAAUCAGGUGCAGCGGGCACCACGAGCCCUAUUCUGCCUUAAACUGAACAACCCCAUCCGCAGAGCUGCUCUGUCCAUAGUCGAGUGGAAACCUUUCGAUAUCUUCAUUCUUCUGGCAAUUUUUGCUAACUGUGUUGCUCUGGGAGUGUCCAAGCCUUUUCCAGAGGAUGAUUCCAAUUCUACUAACCACGAUCUGGAGCAAGUGGAGUAUGUAUUUCUCAUCAUCUUCACUGUAGAGACCUUUCUGAAGAUCCUGGCCUAUGGUCUAGUCAUGCACCCCAGCUCCUACAUCCGCAAUGGCUGGAACCUGCUGGACUUUGUGAUCGUCAUCGUGGGGUUGUUUAGUGUGGUUUUGGAGACCAUGACUCAUAAAUCUGGCAGUGAAACUCACCACAUGCCGGGAAAACCGGGAGGCCUGGACGUUAAGGCACUCAGAGCCUUCAGAGUGUUACGACCCCUCCGACUCGUCUCAGGAGUGCCCAGUUUACAGAUUGUGCUGAACUCUAUCAUGAAAGCCAUGGUUCCUUUGCUACAUAUUUCUCUGCUGGUUCUCUUCGUCAUCAUCAUCUAUGCAAUCAUAGGCCUGGAGCUUUUCAUUGGCCGAAUGCACAGGACAUGCUACUUUAUGGGCACAGACGACUUUGCGGAUGAUGACCCUGUCCCCUGUGCUUUCUCUGGACACGGUCGUCAGUGUAUCAUUAACGGCUCUGAGUGCAGAGGGAGGUGGGAAGGGCCGAACGGUGGCAUCACUAACUUUGAUAACUUCUUCUUUGCCAUGCUGACCGUGUUUCAGUGCAUCACAAUGGAGGGCUGGACAGAUGUUCUCUACUGGAUGAAUUAUGCUAUCGGGUUUGAACUGCCCUGGGUGUACUUUGUAAGCCUGGUCAUCUUCGGAUCAUUUUUUGUCCUCAAUCUUGUGUUGGGUGUGUUGAGCGGUGAAUUCUCUAAGGAGCGAGAGAAGGCAAAAGCGCGAGGAGACUUUCAGAAGCUGCGAGAGAAGCAGCAGCUAGAGGAGGAUCUUUGCGGCUACAUGGACUGGAUCAUGCAGGCCGAGGACAUUGAUGAAGCUGACGAGGACGGAAACAGACGUAUGACCCUGCGUGAUCUGGCUGACAAAAAGCGAGGGAAGUUCGGCUGGUUCAGCCACUCCAACGAGACCCACGCGAGUCUUCCAGCUAGUGAAACAGCCUCUGAGAACACAGAAAAUAUAGAUGAGGAACAUACAGACUGUUGUGCUGAUUGCUGCGCUCAAAUCAUGAAAAUUCCUUGCUGUCGCACGUUGCGCCGCUGGAACCGAGCUGUUCGGAGGACAUGUCGAAAAGCAGUCAAAUCAGUGUCAUUUUAUUGGCUGGUGCUGAUUCUGGUCUUUCUUAACACAGCUCUUAGUGCAUCAGAACACUACAACCAGCCAGAUUGGCUCACGGAUGUGCAAGAUAUUGCCAACAAGGUUCUUCUGUCUCUCUUCACCUUUGAGAUGUUGUUAAAGAUGUACAGUCUGGGGCUGCAGGCCUAUUUUGUGGCUUUCUUCAAUCGAUUUGACUGUUUCGUGGUGUGUGGAGGCAUUCUGGAGACGGUGCUGGUGGAGAUGGAGAUCAUGCCGCCUCUUGGAAUCUCUGUACUGCGCUGUGUUCGCUUGCUCAGGAUCUUUAAAGUUACCCGUCACUGGACAGCUCUGUCCAACCUGGUGGCUUCUCUUCUGAACUCUAUGAAGUCUAUUGCAUCUCUGUUGCUUCUCCUUUUCCUCUUCCUCAUCAUCUUUGCCCUUCUGGGUAUGCAGCUGUUUGGGGGGAAGUUUAAUUUUGAUGAGACCCAAACCAAGAGAAGCACUUUUGAUACUUUUCCCCAGGCGCUUCUUACAUGCUUUCAGAUUCUGACUGGUGAGGACUGGAACAUGGUGAUGUAUGAUGGGAUAAUGGCAUACGGAGGCCCUGUAUUCCCUGGUAUGAUUGUGUGUCUGUAUUUCGUCAUUCUCUUCAUCUGUGGUAACUACAUCCUGCUCAAUGUCUUUUUGGCUAUUGCUGUUGACAACCUAGCUGGAGGAGAUGGAGAUGACAAAAAGAAUCAAGAAAAGAAAUCAGAAGAGGAAGAGGAAGGUCAGGGAGACGGAGAGAAUGAAGAAGCUAAAGUUGAAGUGGUUGAGUCUGAGGAAGAAGAGGAACAUGAUGAAGGAGAUGAUGGAGAGGGAACUUCUGAGCUGAAUGUGGCUGAUUUUGUUCCUUCUAAAGAAAAGGUUGUGCCAAUACCAGAGGGCAGCGCUUUCUUCUGCCUCAGCAAGAGCAACCCAAUAAGAGUGGGCUGUCACAUUGUGAUCAAUCAUCACAUCUUCACUAAUCUCAUCCUGGUAUUCAUCAUCCUCAGUAGUAUCUCUCUUGCUGCGGAGGACCCAAUCAGAGCACACUCCUUCAGAAACAAUGUUUUGGGUUAUGCUGAUUAUGCUUUCACCUCCAUAUUCACUGUGGAAAUCCUUCUCAAGAUGACUGUCUACGGUGCAUUCCUGCAUAAGGGCUCUUUUUGUAGAAACUGGUUUAAUUUGUUGGAUCUGUUGGUUGUCAGUGUAUCUCUGGUCUCCUUCUUCCUACAUUCAAGUGCAAUCUCUGUAGUAAAGAUCCUGAGAGUGUUGCGAGUACUCAGGCCUCUUCGAGCCAUCAACAGAGCCAAGGGACUUAAGCACGUGGUCCAGUGUGUGUUUGUAGCUAUCAGGACCAUCGGGAAUAUCAUGAUUGUUACUGCUCUGCUUCAGUUUAUGUUUGCCUGCAUUGGCGUCCAGCUGUUUAAGGGUAAAUUUUACUGCUGCACAGAUGAGGCGAAACACACACCUGACCAGUGCAAAGGUACAUUUGUGAUCUACAAAGAUGGUGAUGUGAAUCACCCCCUAGUACGACAGCGCUUAUGGCUAAACAGUGAUUUCAACUUUGACAACGUCCUCAUGGGCAUGAUGGCUUUGUUUACUGUGUCCACCUUCGAGGGCUGGCCAGCGCUCCUAUACAAGGCUAUUGAUGCUAACUCAGAAAACUACGGUCCCAUCUACAACCACCGUGUAGAGAUCUCUAUCUUCUUUAUCAUCUAUAUCAUCAUAAUUGCCUUCUUUAUGAUGAACAUUUUCGUGGGUUUUGUCAUAAUCACUUUCCGUGAACAGGGAGAGGCCGAGUUUAAGAACUGCGAGCUUGACAAGAACCAGAGGCAGUGUGUAGAAUACGCUCUGAAAGCCCAGCCGUUACAGCUGUACAUCCCCAAGAACCCAGUACAGUAUAAGUUUUGGUCUCUGAUCAACUCCACAGGGUUCGAGUAUGUCAUGUUUGUGCUGAUCCUACUUAAUACAGUCACACUGGCUGUUCAGCACUACGAGCAGUCUAAACUCUUCAGCUACGUCAUGGACAUCCUGAACAUGGUUUUUACUGGCCUCUUCACUGUGGAAAUGAUCGUCAAGCUGCUAGCCCUCAGACUCAGGCAUUACUUUAUUGAUGCCUGGAACUCCUUUGAUGCUUUGAUUGUAGUUGGGAGUGUGGUGGACAUCGUGGUUACAGAGUUCAGUAGUUCGGAGGACAGUUCUCGAGUCUCCAUCACUUUCUUCCGUCUGUUCCGUGUGAUGCGGUUGGUUAAGCUGCUUAGCAAAGGCGAGGGCAUUCGCACACUGCUUUGGACCUUUGUGAAAUCUCUUCAGGCCCUGCCCUAUGUGGCACUGCUGAUUGCCAUGAUUUUCUUUAUCUAUGCUGUUAUUGGGAUGCAGACGUUUGGGAAGAUUGCGAUGCACGACCACAGACCAAUCAAUCGUAAUAACAACUUCCAGACUUUUCCCCAAGCUGUGCUGCUGCUCUUCAGAUGUGCCACAGGUGAAGCAUGGCAGGAGAUCAUGUUAGCCAGUCUUCCAGGUAAGCGGUGUGACCCAGAGUCAGACCUUGAGCCUGGUGAGGAAUUUACCUGUGGAAGCAACUUCGCCAUCAUAUACUUCAUAAGCUUCUUCAUGCUCUGUGCUUUCCUGAUUAUCAAUCUUUUUGUUGCUGUCAUCAUGGACAAUUUUGAUUACCUGACAAGGGAUUGGUCAAUUCUGGGGCCACAUCAUCUGGAUGAGUUCAAAAGAAUUUGGUCAGAGUAUGAUCCAGAAGCCAAGGGUCGAAUAAAACACUUAGAUGUGGUGACUUUGCUCAGAAGGAUCCAGCCUCCUCUUGGUUUUGGAAAGCUUUGUCCCCACCGUGUGGCCUGCAAGAGGCUGGUUGCUAUGAACAUGCCACUAAACUCUGACGGCACUGUGACCUUCAAUGCCACUCUGUUUGCCCUGGUCAGAACUGCCUUAAAGAUUAAAACUGAGGGUCACCCAGAGCAGGAGAAUGAAGAGCUGAGAACCAUUAUUAAGAAGAUCUGGAAGCGCAUGAAGCCUAAAAUCCUGGAUGAGGUUAUUCCCCCUCCCGCUGUGGAAGAGGUGACUGUGGGAAAGUUUUAUGCUACAUUCUUGAUCCAGGACUAUUUCAGGAAGUUUCGGAAGAGAAAAGAAAAAGUGGGUUUGGGAGACUUAGAUCCCGAAAACCCGACAGCACUACAGGCCGGCCUGCGAACCCUGCAGGAUCUAGGGCCAGAGAUUCGCCUGGCCAUGAAUGCAGACCUUGAAGAAGAAGAGGAAGGUCUGGAAGAAGAACAAGAAGAAUAUGAGGCACAACCAGAUAAUGAAAAUGGCUAUGCCAGCCAUGCUGAACACUCAUCCAGAGAGCGCCGCUCUUCUGUGGCAAACACACCAACCGGUUCAUAUUCUGGCUUACCAGGAGAGGGCAUCUCUAAUGGGGGCCUGAUCCACAGGAGCUCACUGACCAGGACAGCCAAUGGCAGUGGUGUAAAAGAGCAGGAGAUUUUUAGAAGAGGAGACAGCAUGCGCUCUUCUCUUCAUUAUCAGCACAAGAACGGGUUGAUGGACCAGCCACCAAAGAGGAUGUCUUUUUACAAAUACCCAAGGAGGGACUCAAGGGAUCACUUCAGCUCUCCUCGCUCGCAUAGGAUGGAUGGAGAGGAGGGCUACCCUGGGGAGCAGCAGUACUGCAGCAGGGAGGAAGAUGAGGAGGGCAUAGUGCACAGAGAAAGGCAUGGCUAUCGAGACAACAGCACUGCCUAUCCUGGGCACAGAAGGCAGGAGUAUGAUGGGCCCCCUGUAUAUAGUAAUCAUUAUAGAAGCAGUUACAGUGAGGCCAGAAGGUCAGCCAGAAGACGUCUGCUGCCCCCAACCCCCACUGGACGAAAGCCAUCUUUUACCAUCCAGUGUCUAAGGAGGCAGGGCAGCAAUGAUGAUCUCCCUAUCCCAGGCACCUACCACCAGAACUCCCCACCAUGCAGAGCACGCUCACAGGUGUAUGGAAGUUACGAAUCACGCCGCAGCAGCCACUCCUCCACGGCCUCCACAGCCUCCUGGGCGAACCCCAGCCCCCGUCGCGGCCGUCUUCUCUAUGCCCCCCUUAUUCUAGUGGAGGACGAGGGGGUAGCUGGAACUGGUGGCAUGGGCAUCUGGGAUAAGACAGCAGGUGGUGGUGCAAAUGUGCCUGUGGCAGGCAGUAUGGGUCAGCCCUACAAGGCCUAUACUACUCUGAGAGUACCCACACAGCUCAGCCCACACUACAGUGAAAAGAGAGGCAGUGCUGACAGCCUGGUGGAGGCAGUACUGAUCUCAGAGGGUCUUGGUCUUUAUGCCAAGGACCCCAAGUUUGUCGCCUUCGCCAAGCGGGAGAUCGCCGACGCGUGCCACAUGACCAUUGAUGAAAUGGAGAGCGCAGCAAGUGAUCUGCUGGGUCGGGGUAGCCCAGGGAGCUCUGGAGGUGGCUUGCUUAACCACACAGAUUUAGGAGCACUCUACAGUGACGAGGAGCCCGUUAGGAGCCACGAUGAAGAUGAGCUUGCUGACGAGAUGUCAUGCGUUACCUCCUUCUGA